GCAAGUCGAAAUUCUAUUUUUACAUUUUUACUCUAGCUUUAUUCAUUUUUCUCCUGCCGCCACGUUCGUAUGCUGACGCAGAUGUUAUUUAAAGCUGGCCACAGGGAAAGAAUGUGAGAACCCAGCUGAAAAUCGUGCUGAUGGCGAUUUUGUCCUGACAGCGCAGAUUCUUGUGUGGCUUUUGUACCAGCCGGUCGAUCGUCAGUGCUGAUGCAGAGAACGUCUCCGGCACUGCCAUUCGAAGAUCGCGAAACCCCUGGGUCCUCCUUGUUGGUGUUGAAAUAACCAGCCAAAGGCCCUCCGAAAAGAAGCCUUCAGCACCUCACUUCAGCAACCUCUUUGAGGGCUGCUGCUACCCCAACAUCAUAACAACAACAACAACAACACCAAUCAACACGAACACCAGACUGUACCAUGCCGUCUGCCCUAGAGCCGUCUGCCCUAGUAGAGGCGGCAUGUCCUCAACAGCCGCACCUCAUUGUCGAUACCGACGAUGAGAUUGAUAUGACGACUGAGCUUCCUCCCGUAGAAGGUCUAGUAAGACCUGUGGCGAUGAAAGUUCAAGCUCACGUAGCGAGACCCGUCGCGAUGAAAGUCGCUCGACCGAUUCCGCAAAGAGCCACUGAACAGUUCUACGAUGAAGCUUAUCGUCAAGGCAUCCCUGCGUACGCAGUUAACGCGGCGAUUAUGGACUCUCAUGACUGGCAUCGAAAGUGGACCCAACAAGACGAGGUGGGCCACACGAUGCCGCAUGAUCAUGAGAGGUCUCUCGCCGCCGGAGCUCUUCCGCAACAAUAUGCCUAUCAACCAGCAGCUACCGCAACACCUCCUGUCCCUGACAUGGUUCUAGACCGACUAGCAGGUGCUCGCAAUCCUUCUCCGGAGUGGGAAGCGUCUCCGCAGCAACAGUCCGAGCGCAAGCGCGGACGUUGGGAAGAAGAGGAACCACAACAACCAGUAGUGCACAUGCCCAUUGUACAAAGGCCCAUCGCACGACCGGUUGCCACUGUUCCUCUUCCUCAAGACCCUUCCGCUCCUGUUCCUCCGUUACUCCAAAUCCUUUGGGAUAACGAGAACUCUGAUCGAUCGAGCCCUUCUGACCUGAAGAACGAGUCCCCCGACAGCAGUGAUGAACACGAGGACGACGGCUAUAUCGUUGCCCCCGCUGCAAAGCGUCCUGUUCCCAUUCGACCAGCUGCUCCGACGCUGGACGAAGACGACGACGACGUUUACGGCGGAGGCCACCUAAACCCACCACCCAACAUGCUUGUCAGACCCGUGGCGCUCCGCGUCCCAAGACCAGUGAUUGCUCAAUUGCCCUCAUCGGCCAACAUGGAGAUUCCCAAGUACAUCAACGCGGAUGAACACUCCUGUUCCAAGAUGUCGACGAUUACUAACAGCAGUGGUCUCAGUGGCGGAAAGUCGACCGAGUCUCUCGGAUAUGACUUUCGCACGGAUGCCCCACAGGUCCAAGCGGUGAUGGUGGAUGACGAACAAGACGCAGACGGCGGCAAGAUGAGUGGUUCACUCGAAGAGUCCCUUGUCAAGAGACGAGAUGCCUUGCUUCAGGCACUGGCCAUCUCCGGAGGCGAUGCUCAAGCGGAAUCUUUCACAGAGACCAUUGACCCUCUUGCCGAAGUCUUUGAGGAGCAAGACGUCGAUACUCGUCGGGUGACCAACAGUGCUAGUGACAAGACUGUACAAGGAACCUGGUUGACUCUCACCAAGCCUACCUUUUUUGGUAAUCUUGGCGAGAACGAUGCCGGAGACCCCAUGUACACUUUGGGUCGUAUGACCUUCGAUAUGUUCUCUCCCACCAACCUCGUCUGCAGUCUCCAAGGUAACUUUAACUCCAUUGAGAUUGUCGGCGACGAACAACGUGGAUCCAUGCUGGAAGCCGGAUUGGUUCCCAAGGGUCUGCGUGAAGAGGUGGAGAACAGAGAAGUUGCUCUACGCACCUACAAUGUCAUCACUGCUUUCACCAUCGAGCCUAGUCUUGCCGCGUUCCCAGAAGCCCCCAACAAGGACGUUCGCCGUCCUAUUCGGGGAAUCAUGACGACCUACGGAUACACUCUUCCCGACCCAGAAGUCCCCAACCGCCACUCCAUCUGGAUCACUGGCGGACGGAUCGAGCCCAACGACGAUCCCUCGGACAUUGUGGAAUGGAAGAGACUCUUCAGCCUCCACCCUCCUAAGCACGGCUUUGGUGAACAAGCCAAGCUGCUGGCCGUCAAGCUUCUUAUGGGAGCCACUAUCCCCAAGGAAAUGCACGAAGAUGGUAGCAUGGAAUACAGCUUCACCCGCCCUCUGGGCGGACAUGGAGUUGCCUACGUGGAUGUCCUCUAUUUGGACGACACGUUGCGUGUAGUCCGCGGUCACCGCGGUACCUUCUUUAUCUUUUCACGAAUGCAAAACGAAGACGCCCUGUGAAUAUAAAACCCCUUCCUUUUUAGUGGCGGAUCGAUCGGAACCAGAGCAAGCAAAGGAUGACUUGCUCCGAAACUACCGUGCCCGCCACACGCAUCGCCUGUAUAUACCCACACACGCACUUUCUACGAAGACGAACACGGAGAAUUGAUUUUCUCUGCACACUUGCAUACUUUUCCUUUUCCCGACCAACCGAGCAGAGACGAGGAUGCCCUGCCUCGCUCCUGUACCUACCUGUAUUUAGAAACCCAGCACGCGCCCCAAGACGGUCCUGCCUCAAGCCAGCCACAGCUUCAUUAUGUACAUAUCCAUUCGACCCCACAAUGGCUUUUGUGCACGGACCAGGCAAACAGUACAAAUCACACCACGGAUCAUGUCAGCCUCAUGUUUAUAUUUUAUUUCGAGGAAUCGGGGCCUCUGGCGACUUGUUUAAUUUUGUUUCCAGCCACGAGCGCUCGUUUCGGUAGACAUGAACUGUGGUGCUUUGAUUUUUCACACAAGACGAAAGAUGAGACAGAUGAUGACGAGAACAAGAUCAUAGUUAAAUUAUAGUGAAUAUUUGCACAC